AUGGAAGCUGAGCUGGGACAACCGCUUGGUGAGAGCUUAUUUUUUGAAAGUGUGGGAAGCCCAGGCCUGGGAUUCGUAGACUCGAAUGGACAGCUCAGGAAACUUACGCGAAAGAAGGGAAACAGAUUGCAUGAAACCUCUUGGAGAAAUGAUGAAACUUACGGAAUCGAUAUCAAUCGUCUAUUAGACACAUGCAGCGGCCCUAGAAAGACGGUGCGAAGCUCAAAGUCUCGGGAAUUGCCCAAAAAGACUGCACCAGAAAAACUUUGGACGGAAAAGUGGAAACCACACAGCUUUUUCGACCUGGUGGGCAACGAAAAGACCAACAGACGAGUAUUGAAAUGGCUCAGACAAUGGUCCCCGCUUGUGUUUGGUGAAACGUUGCCUAAGGGAGCCGCAGGUAAUUGGGGUGGGUCGAAAUUGGGAGCUGAAAACUCAAUGGAAAUAUUGGAUCCGCUACAGAGGCCCCGGAAAAAAAUCUUACUGCUCACUGGGCCUCCAGGGAUAGGCAAAACGUCUGUCGCACAUGUUGUGGUGAAACAAGCGGGUUAUUCGGUGAUGGAGAUCAACGCCAGUGACGAAAGGGGAGGAUCAGGUAUCAAGGCUCGAGUUCACAAUGCUCUUUUCUCCAACACGUUGGAUAACCAGCCGGUUUGUUUAAUUGCGGACGAAAUUGAUGGGAGUUUGGAAAUGGGUUUCAUCAAGGUGCUUCUCGAUAUUGUCAACAGUGACUUCAAGGCUACACAAAGAAUUUUGAGCGGUGCUCUUACAAAGUCUAAAGGCAGACGACAACGAAAAAAAAAUCAAGGACAGGUAAUGACACGACCGAUAAUAGCCAUCUGUAAUAACAUCUACGCAUCUGCUCUGGAAAAACUUCGACCACACUGCGAGAUCAUCCAUUUCCAAAGACCAUCAGAAAAUGCCGUGGUUGAGCGGCUAUACCACGUCUCCAAAAAGGAAAAUCUUUCAAUGGACAAGAAACAGCUCAAGGAGCUGACGGAGCUGUCUCAAGGUGACGUAAGGAACUGUCUCAACAAUUUGCAAUUUAUGGCAGCGUUGGCGGCCGAUACCAAAUCUAGCAGUCUGGAUGAGCAAGUGAAAGAUAUGAGUAUAUCCUGGUACAGGAUCUGCAACCAAGUAUUUCGUAAAGACCCGCAUGUUGAUGCUAGGCACCAGUUCAUGAAGCUUUUGCGAGAUAUAGAGACCAACUCAAGCUUUCAAAAAAUAGUUCACGGUUGUUUCUCCAUGUUCCCGAAUGUUAAGUAUUCUGAUAGUGGGGUGAAAAAGCCGGGCAUAGCGGCUGAUUGGUUGUUUUUUAAUGACCGCAUGUUCCAAUCGCUUUUUGAGCAUAACGGUGACUUACUGCGCUACAAUUCGGUUGUGCCUAUGGCAUUUUUUCAACUUUUCAGCGACAUUGCAAACAAGGAAGAGGUCAGGGCACAGCAUAACGAGUUCGAACAAAGAGAGGCGCUACGAAAGAAUGAAGACCUCAUAGGUGCCAUGCAUCAGCGACCACCAGCGUCCUCUCAGAUAUUCAUGAACAAACGCGCCUUGGCGCUAGAGAUUUUGCCAUUAGUGGAUUACAUGAUAGCUGCUGAUUUUACCAAGGUGCGAAAUGGAAACAUUAAGAACGCAAUUUUCGACAACAUCAUCCCUGCAAUCACGACAUUCGAUCUUGUGUUUGGGGAACGGACGGACACUGAUAUGCCUCGAAUGACUUGCAUCGAGCCACCGUUUGAAACGGUGGUGUUAAUGGACCAAAAGCGGUCCAAAGAUGUUUUCACCAAAAGACCGGCGCUGCUCAAUGUCGUGAACGCUAAAGUCCAAGAGAGUAAACUCCGCAAAAGGACCCUUGAAGUUGCAAAAGCUGACAAAGAAGGUCUACAAAAUGCACGCAAGAAGCAGAAAACAAACUCGCUGUCCAUCAAACCGGCAGAAUUUUUCAAAUCGCAGUACGCUAGUGUGCAUACUGGCGGCAGUCAACCUAAUGGCGCACUGAGUAGCAGCGAUGGGGUGUCUCAGGCACCCACCAGGGCAAAAAUAUGGGUUAAGUACAAGGAAGGUUUUUCGGACGCGGUGAGAAAGAACGUUACUUGGAAAAACCUGUGGGAAUAG